UAUUAAGAAUUUUCUACACACACAGUAUAGAUUGAUUCUUAGCAACAUUUUACUGUUAACUAUGGGUUCAUUAGGUUCAUUGAACUCGUGUAACGACGAAGAACUGCUAAUUCAAAACAUUUCUGAAAUCUAUAACAACUUAUCAACCCUGGAGAGCCUCAAACCUUCAAAAGAUGUAAACACUCUUUUCACUCAACUAGUCCUAGCUUGCAUUCCACCAUCUCCAAUUGAUGUCACCAAAUUAUCGGUCACUGAUCAAGGAAUCCGUUCCAAUCUCAUUCGUCUCUGUGGGCAAGCUGAAGGCCUCUUAGAAGCUCAUUACUCAACCCUAUUGGGUUCUUACGAUAUCCCACUUGAUCAUAUCAACAUCUUUCCAUACUACACAAAUUACAUCAAACUUGGGCGUCUUGAGUAUACUAUACUCGGCAACUAUAUCACAAACCCAAACCCAAGUCACAUAGCUUUUAUUGGUUCCGGUCCCUUGCCACUUACAUCGAUUGUACUGGCUUCAAACCAUCUGAGGAACACUACCUUUCACAAUUAUGAUAUCGACAUAUCUGCCAAUGCGUUGGCUUCUAACUUGGUCGCUCCAGAUCCCGACUUGUCGAAGCGAAUGCUAUUUCAUGAUACUGACAUUAUGGAUGUCACUAACGGCUUAUACGACUAUGAAGUUGUUUUCUUAGCUGCUUUAGUUGGUUUGAACAAAGUAGAUAAAUGCAGAGUUAUUGAUCAUUUGGCUAAGCACAUGGCACCAGGGUCCUUACUGAUGUUGAGGAGUGCUCAUGGUGCUCGUGGGUUUCUCUAUCCCAUUGUUGAGCCUAGUGAUUUACCAGGUUUUGAGGUACUCGCAAUUUUUCAUCCAAUGGACGAGGUAAUAAAUUCAGUGGUGGUUGCCCGUAAGAUUAAGUAAAGCAGUACUAGUUCAUACGGUAAUUGAUCAAUAAGGCUUGGGCACUUACUGUGGGCAUAAGCAGGUACUACUUCAUACAGUUUUCUACCAGACAGGGCUGAGCUGACAUAUUACUGUGAGCAUCUGGAUGUGUUUGUUGUCGUAUUUUUCGUUUCUGUUAGUAGAGGUUGGUAUGUGUGAAAGUGGAGAAGGCCA